AGAUACAUUUUAUAUAACAAGAUUACAGUAAUCUCUAAACAGUGUGCAGUCGUUCGCAGUGUUUUAGAAGAACUCUGCCUGCCAUUCUGCAGAACGGAUUUUGCAGUGCUAACGACGGCACGUGUUUAAAAAAUAAAUAAAUAAAUCCUUCUGUGUGAGCAUCCAGACAUGAAAGGCAUAUGACAAAUAUUGUAUUUCUUCUUUUACUGUACUAUUAUUUUUAGAUUGUAAAAAAUAAAUACAUAAUUUCUAGACUUGUGAGUAAAUCGCACCUGCAUUUUGGUAACAAAAUAACACUAGGAAUGGUAGGUGUGUUUCGCCGUAUAGGCAAUUCUAAUUGAACUGGGCACCAGUGUAUCCCAUGUGCCUUUUACCUUCUGUUCAGCCAAGCUAAAGAAUACAUGUGAAAUUUGUAAUGCAUUUACAAGAACAAUAAGGUCAAAUUUACUUAAGGUAGACAAGCAGCACCACAUUUGUGUGCUGUUUGUUUAGAAGCAGUCUCUCAGGCAGGUUGGGGGAAAAAAAAACAAAAAAAAACAGUCAUGCAGGGGCAUCCCAUUGGUGCUUCUGAUUAGCCUUGGGGUGGGAGAGAAAGCCAUACAGCUGGGAAGGUGUUGAGUUUCAUCAGUUUGUUUAUGCUAUGCAGAGGCUCCAAAGGGACAGCGCGUCCAGAUAUAAAGAGGCAGCAGAGCCGACUGUCGUCACCUGCAAGACAGAGAUCAGGCUUCUGCACACAAAAUUGCACAUGUCAGUCGUGCAGUGUGUAGCUUUUAAACACAAAUGUGAUUGUGGGUUGUGAGAACAGUGUCUAGCUGGAGCCUUUGCAGCACCUGCAACAAAGCUAAAUGUCAGAGACAGAUGACAGCCCCUCUCCAAAACGGGCUGUGCAUGUUGCUGGGGGCAUGUCUCUUACGAAGAGGCUGCUAUUAAUAACAUGGAAUGAACAUAAUCUGUAGGAUAAGUUAUCCUCGUGUGUGUUGGCCUGUGUGGAGAUCGAAAAGCUGUUGCAAUUGCACAUCUAAUGUUUUAACCAACACUGCAGUAAAGAGAAAACAAAACAGAUAGUCAACUAUAGUUUCAUUUUCCCCACAUCCCACACCAGUGCUGAAUCAUAGGACAGGAACCCAAAUAAGACACUGCACAGUGUUGUUAUAUGUUAAUUGCACUACAAAGCACUGGUUUCAGGGGCUGUGAGCUAAGGGUGUUGAAUCAAGGAUAUAUACGUUCUCCUGUGUGUGCUGUGAAAGACAUGAACACUCUUCCAGCAUACUCUGGAGCCAGGAUAUCUGGCUGUUGGGCGCUCAGAUCUGAUGCCAGUGGCAGCAGUGAAGAGUCAUUAGACAGACUUCUUCCUCCGGUAAACACAACUCUGUCCCCACGUAAAAGAACCACGAGUCAAUGCAAAUCAGAACCACCUCUGCUGAGAACAAGUAAGAGGACGAUCUACACCGCUGGGCGGCCUCCUUGGUACAAUGAACAGGGAACGCAAUCAAAAGAAGCGUUUGUUAUUGGUCUAUGUGGGGGCAGCGCUUGUGGAAAAACCACCGUAGCCAGGAAGAUAAUCGAAGCCUUGGAUGUGCCCUGGGUGGUGCUGUUGUCUAUGGAUUCCUUUUACAAGGUUCUCUCUCCAGAACAGCAGCAGCUUGCAGCCAGUAACGACUACAAUUUCGACCACGUCGACGCGUUUGAUUUCGUUCUCCUUGUGCACACGCUAAAGAAGCUGAAACAGGGCAAGAGUGUGAAGAUCCCAGUCUAUGAUUUCACCACGCAUGGCAGGCAGAAAGAAUGGAAAAUUGUGUACGGAGCUAGUGUUAUUAUAUUUGAAGGUAUCAUGUCUUUCGCCGACAAAGAAUUGUUGAAGCUUUUAGACAUGAAGAUUUUUGUAGAUACAGAUUCUGAUAUCCGGCUGGUUCGACGCCUACAAAGGGACAUCACCGAGCGUGGGCGGGAGAUUGAGGGUGUUAUCAAACAGUACAACAAGUUUGUGAAGCCUGCUUUCGAGCAGUACAUUGAGCCCACCAUGCGACUGGCCGAUAUUGUCGUCCCACGGGGAGGAGGAAAUAUGGUAGCAAUUGAUCUGAUAGUCCAGCAUGUGCACAGUCAGCUGGAGGAGAGGAAACUACGCUGGGAUAUGGCAGCCCUGGCGUCAGCUCAUCAAUUCCAGCCCCUCCCUGAGACUCUCAGCGUUCUGAAGAGCACUCCGCAGGUCAAGGGGAUGCACACCAUCAUCAGAAACAAAGAGACAAGUCGCGAUGAGUUCAUUUUCUAUUCGAAAAGGCUUAUGAGGCUGCUUAUAGAGCAUGCUCUUUCUUUCUUGCCGUCUCAGCCCAUUACAGUUCAAACACCACAGGACCAGGAUUAUGAUGGAAGAACGUUUCAUGGGAAAAGAAUCACAGGGGUGUCCAUUCUCCGAGCUGGAGAGACCAUGGAGCCUGCACUACGAGCAGUGUGUAAAGAUGUGAGAAUCGGCAAAAUCCUCAUUCAGACCAAUCAGGACACAGGAGAACCUGAGCUGCAUUACCUAAGGCUGCCAAAGGACAUCACUGAAGACCAUGUGAUACUUAUGGAUUGCACUGUAUCAACAGGAGCUGCCGCUAUGAUGGCAGUAAGGGUCUUGUUGGAUCAUGAUGCUCAGGAGGAUAAGAUCUUCCUGGUGUCUCUCCUCAUGGCAGAGAUGGGGGUGCAUUCUGUGGCUUACGCCUUCCCCCAGGUCAAAAUCAUCACCACCGCUGUGGACAAGAAAGUCAACGACCUGUUCCACAUCAUCCCGGGAAUCGGUAACUUUGGGGAUCGAUACUUUGGUACAGACGCCCCUCCUGACUGGAGUGACGAGGAGCUAGAGGAGGCUAACUAAUAGAUUCUCCAGCACUGAUCACAGUACAGUGCAUUGGAUCUGCUGUAGGCAGCUAUACACAACGUAUAAGACACAUGUGCCCUCACGGCUCACUUGUAAGGAAAGGACUUCCACCAGAAAAACAAAUGUAAGACAUUUGUAUUCACAAGCUCUAUCCAGAAUCUGUAAAUAUGUACAGAGGUAUGAAAAUGAACUUUUUAA